CAACUUUUGGUACCAGACGAGCCGUGAGCAAAGCUAGCUUCACGUUAGCUACCGAGCGACACAAGAAAACAAAAUCUUUUUGGUCCAUUUGCUGCGCUUCGUGGUGAAUAACGUGAGUGCGUCACGUAAAUUGGGAUUUGCACGCCGUACUAAAUCCACAAAUUCCACAGCUGGAGAGCGGAAAGCCAUUUUGCCUCGCUAACCAGGCUAGCUAACUGGACGGCGGACAGCUAGCUGGUUGGCUAGGUGCGCUAGCGUUCCCCAUCAGAGCGAACGGGAGCCGCUGCAGGCGAGGAGCUUGCUGCCUGUCUGACCUGACGAUCAUUUCGUUGACUCCCAAAAGACUCCCAGCAUGCUGAUGGUGGGAGGCAAUGGACGGAUGCACUAGAAUGAGUGUGAAGGAGCUGUGUGAGACCGAUGACCUGGCCACCAGUCUGGUGCUGGACCCUCUGCUGGGCUUCAGCACCCAUAAAAUGAACAUCAGCCCCCCACCAGAGGUCCGGCGUUGGGGUAACCUCAAGGAGACCUUGCUGCGCUUCCAGCGAACGCACGACUUCAAGGCGACGUUUGAAGCGCUGACGGUGGGGGAACUGGCCGGGGACUACUUCAACAGUUUGGGAAGCCAUCGACAGGAGCUGCUGAGACAACAUGUGUAUCGCUACCUCAGUGCCUUCCUGUUGGAUAGCGGCGUGAAGAUAGAGUCCUGCGACAGAUACUCCUCAGAGACCAACGGAGCAAAGAUAACUGCUACAAGGCACUGGUUUGUAGGUGAGAGGGUGGAGGUUCUGCUGGGCUGCAUCGCAGAGCUGAGCCCCGCCGACAGCGCCGUACUGAGGGCAGGAGUCAACGACUUCAGUGUGAUGUACUCCACACGCAAACGCUGCGCUCAGCUCUGGCUCGGGCCUGCGGCUUUUAUUAACCACGACUGCAGACCAAACUGCAAGUUUGUCCCUGGUGAGAAGAAUGGCGCUUGUGUUGAAGUGAUCCGACCCAUCUCACCUGGGGAGGAGAUCACGUGUUACUAUGGUGCCAGCUUUUUUGGGGAAGGCAAUGAAAUGUGUGAAUGCUGCACCUGCGAGAGGAGAGGAGAGGGUCACUUCAGACACAGGGGGAAGCAGCCUGAAUGUGAAGAGACAAAGGACUCUGUGGGACAGAAGUACCGUCUGAGAGAGCGAUAUCUUCGUCAAAACAGAGAGAAAGGCCACUGCCCGACAAGGCCCACUAUUCCAGGAGUACACUCAGGUAUCUUUAAAGCCAUCCCCUCAAGGAAUUCCUUUACCCAGCAGAUGAAGAGAAAUGCCUUGAUGAGCAGAAAAUUGAAUAGGACAAAGCAGUGGAGACGAGAGAAGCACAGAAGAUCAGGCUCAUUCAAAUCCUCCACAGUCAAACAGUGCCGGACAGUUCCACUUUUAUCACAAGUUACGCUGAGGGACGUUAGAAUUAAAGUGCGGCGCCACACAGUGGAUUUCCUGCUUAAUUGUAAGGACCCAAAAAGCAAAGAGAGGGCCUUGCUUCAACUGCUGGAAGAAGUGAAGCCUAAAGAUAAAGAGCUAAACGAACUGCACUUGGCAAAUGAAAAAGUGGAUGAAGAAAAUACUACCAAUGGUAAAGCUUUAGGUGAGGUAAACUUGAAACCUUUCACUCUAAAUUCCUCUGUCUCUCUUCAUGAGAAAAGUAGACCAGUGGAUAGUGGCACAAGCCUUAAUGCGAAACCCCUCAAAGUGGUGGACAGACAGGCAGCUCAUCCAAGGACAUCUACAAGAAUAAGCAACAUGGUCCAGACUGUACUCACACAUCAAACGGGAUCUACUAACGCCACUAACACUACACCUGCUUGUAACCCUGUUGAACUAGACAGUAGUGACAAUGCAGAAUCGCUCAAACAGGAGAAGAUGGACAAAUCAAUCGCAGGCAGUCAAAGCAACAAGUGCAUAACAGUUGGUGAUGGCACAAAGCGCAGCAGCAGUGUGUCCUGCAGUGCUGGCAGGGCUCAAAAUCAAGUGACUGAGCAAACUGAGCACAAGACCAUUGGAGCUCCAUCAUCGCAGCUGAUGAACAGGACACCUAAUAACACCUCAAUGGAAAGUGCUAAAGUUUGUCAAAGUCUUUCAGAUGGCUUAAAGAAAUCUGGGGACAAUCCACUAGUAUCGCUGAAGCAAUACCUUACAGUGAACUUAACAAGAAUAUCAGUGCCACAGAGUGUAGAAGCAGAAAAGACCUGUGAAGACAAGGAAGGAAAACCGAUGCUAAGAGGAAAGAUCAGACAGAGCCAGCGAAUUAGACCAGUGACUCUGACAGCACAGGCAGAAACCAGAGUGUCCAGAUUUCAACAGAAGCAGGGAAGGAACUCAGAGAUCACCACAGCUGAAGGUAACAGAGGGGUCAGAGGAAUGUAUUUCAAGGCUAUUGAUAAUUUUAAUGUAAAGAAGAGCCAAGCAUGUGAGUCUGUAGAUGAUUUAUCAGACAGUGAGAAAAGGGGAAAUGACAAGGUCAUUGAGAUACAAACAGUCUCAGGGGAAGAAAAUAAAGAAGAGGUAUGCGUACAAAAGGAGCAGCACAAUGAUGUUAUUAAAGGCAAAGUUGAAGGGCAAAAAGAGAUGAGAAAUGCUGCAGCAACUCCAGUGGUAGAAUGUAAGAGUAAAGGAUGCUUGCAAGAAGGGAAAAAGACAGAGUGUGAAUUGAUAGGCAGUGAAACGCUCAGAAGAAAAAAUAACACUCAGUCUGUCAACAGUGUGAUUAAAGGUGCAGGUAAAGAAGGCGGAGUUGAUAAAUUAUCAGAGCAAAUAAGCGAGAGCAAAAUAGGUGAGAAUGUGAGUCAAAAUUUAGCAUGUAAGGGAAAGGAUAUUGUCAUAAAACAGGCUAGGGUCCUUCUCUCUGAUAUUCUGAGAAAAGAAAAAAGUGAUAGCAGUAAGGGAUUCGAGGGAGUUAUUGUAGGAAGAGGGAUUUCUACCUCAGAACAUGGCAGCAUGACACAAAACUACGUUGGAAGAGAAGAACCAUCUGUGAUACACAGGAACAGAUGUGUUAGUACAGUGCAGACGAGGAACACAGGAAAACGAAGGGGGAGACCUAGAGGAAAAUACAUAGCUGAAGAUAGACAAAGCAUUAAGGGACAUUUAAACAAAGAAGUUAUAGCAAGAAUUAAGACUGAGUUGAAUCAAGACAGUUUGCACGUUCAGUCACCGCAUAGGCACGAUGAGUUAUUCUCCACUUGCCCCAACCCACUACCUCCUUAUCAAGAGUCACUAACUUCAGCAAAGGCCAUGACUAAUGUGCAUACUGACAACAAUACGCAGACACACAUACAGUCCAACAUUCCUCUGAAAAAACGGAUGUUUCGCAAUUCUGUGGAUGUAGACUCUGAACAGGGUUUCAAUCCUCUAGUUUCUGACCAGGCGUCUAAAGAUGCCCCUGAAUUAAACUCUUCCGCAGAGCAUAGGCAGGAUCUUUCUCUGUAUUCAGAUGAGACUAACAAACUACUAAGAGAUGGCAGAGGCAGAUUUAGGAGAACAGAGGCCCAGAGGUUAAACCCCAAAAGGACUAUUAAACAAAACACGGUUAACCGGGUGCUUCGUUCCAAGACCUACGAAGUUCAGCGACGUCGUCUACUAAGGAGAGAUCGAAGGUGUAAAUUAGAGAAGCAGGAUGAAGACCAGUAUGACAGUGCUGAGACACUCAAGAAUGUUAAACUUAUCAAGGACAAAAAAGAUGAGGAUCCUGCCAAUAUCCAACAAAACCGUGGUUCAGAUGGAAAGAAAUCUGUAAUGGAAGACAGGGUCGAGACUUCACAUCUCCAACAAACCUUUGUGGAGGAGACAAAGUCCGGCCUCAAUUUCAAAAUUCGUUUCAAAAGAAAGAGAGGAAGAGUAUGGGCGCUAGAAACAAUGGGAUGUGACAAUUUGCCAUUAAAAACAGAAAAGGAAGCUGAUUCACUCACAUGUGACCCUUUUAAAGCUAUCAUGGAUUCAGUAUCAAUUUUAAACAUGGAGAUGGAGGCAGCUCAGGCAAAUGUGCAAGCUAGUAUGAAGUCAAAAAGCAGAUUGCAUCACUUAAAAAAAAGAGCUCAGAGGUUAAGAGAAAAUCAAGACGCAGAUUUCUCUGAAGAAAUAAAUUCAGAUGAAGAUCAAGAUCUUGAAAAUGUAAAACAUCUAUGUGGACCCAGUGUUUCUCACAAGGACAAGGUGGAAAACAAGGAGAAGCUAGAUGGUGUUAUACUGGAGGGAGUCAAGCAGCCAGUAGAAACAGACAAUAAAAAAGAUACCAGAGAGAUUUUGUCAGCUGUAGGGCAAAAAACAAAAAUUGAGGAUCCUUUUUUAAAGAGUAGCUGCUGCUUUGAAAGCGGAGCACAGUACAAAGAGGAGGAUUUUAAAUUUGAUGGUGUUCCCUUACCAGUAAUCAAACUACGUAGAAAGGUAGAGGACAUUUGGGAGGUAGAUGAGAAGAAAGAGAAACUGGUAGAAACUGAGGCUAAGAUCGACACUAAGGUUAAGAGAGAAAUCAGGGGGAAGGAAAAGAGAGCAUUUGUAGAUGUUGGCAAGCUCAAAGAAGAGUGUCCAUCUUCUCAAAAACUAAACAAUUCAGGCCCUCUGAAAACAGAGCCCUUACCUUUCUCUUUGUCUCUUUCAUCACUGUCUCUGUCCUCUCCUCUUAACGACAUUAAAACUCAAGUUGUAGCCUCUGCCCCAGAUAGAACCACUGAAAGGCCAAUGCCGGAGACAAGUAGCGGAGGAAGGAAACAAAGGCACAAAAUAGAGAGAACACGUAAGAGUGGGACUGUAGAAACACCCACCACUUGUCUUAGUCAUACCCUCCAGCAAAUUGACAACAGUCUUUCCAGGCUGUCUGAGGGUUUGUGUGCAUCUCAGACUUUGGAAAAGCCAGUUGUCUAUUCCAGUGGUUCUACUUCUGUUAUCCAGCCUCCAUCCCAGUCUCCACCGUUCACAGCCCCAGAUAAUAUGCUUUCCACUGAGCCCAACUUUACAAACUGUUGUGAUGAUAUUUUGGACUUCCAGUGCCUCAAUUUCGAGGGGUACUAUCAACCGCAGAACAUACUUCCAUCUUCUCCAUCAGAUCUGUGUCCAUUGGAGCCACCGACAGACCCCUUCAGCAGUCCCCUAUCACACAGUCCCUCUGAUACAUGGAACACAGAAACACCAUAUCUUGGCCCACCCAGUCCAGGAAACAACUUCAAUAGUGAGGAUCUCCAGUUUUUCCCAAAUCUCAUUCCUUCCAAAAAUGACACUCUUCCUCUGGAAUGUGAAGUGAAAUAUCCCUCCAAAGACAGAAACCCAUCCAACUCUAACUUCAACUUUUCAGCUCUAAGCAAUGCUGAGGUGACUGCUAUGGAUCGAUUUUUGAGUAAAAAUCCUGGAAUGAGGCUGUCCAAAGAAGACCCCAAGACUCAGUCCAUGCCUGUAGUGAGCAGGCCUCGACUGUUUGCUGCAACCUCUUCUGCUGUUACAUCUCAGUCUCUUAAUAUUCAGGCCCAAUCCUCCAGCCAGAGCAACAGUGUCAGGCCUAGUGCUAGCCAAUCAAAGGCCCAGUCUCACCUUAAAACCCAGGGUCCUUUUCAUCGUGUGAGCAUGCCCAACAAAUCUCAGUGUUUUUCCAGUAGUCAGCAAAACACAAUCAGAGGAGCAUCACAGAGUAGCUCAACCAAGUCCGUCCACUCACCUCAAAUGGCAAACAAAUUCCUCUCUUCUCAACUCUUCACUGUGAAAAAUCCCAAUCCUGCUGACAAUCCAUUCAACUUCCAGGACAAAACCUCCACAGUUAUCCAUCGGGUGCUUAAAUAUCAAGGAGGGAAACCGAGUCAGAAUUUGUGUAGCGUACCUUGUAAAGACAGUGUAGCUGCUGGCAGCCCCGUUGUCAUGUCCAAAACACUCAAUAUAAAAUCCAGUAAUAUUGAGAAGACACAGCAGAGUCACAAAGUAGAUACGGUCUGCCACAAAGGUAACCUUGCACUUCAAGGCUUUACCACUGAAAAGGAUGUAGGCCAUCAUAGUUCCUCAAGUAACCCCAUUAGAUCAAAUUUGCACAGCAGCAGAGACCACCCUCUUUUCUCCCAAUCUUUCAAUAAGGGUAAAAUGUCAUCUGAUAAACUACAUAGUGUUGAAACACACAAAAAUUUCUCUACGCUACCAAGGCCCUUUUUCUUCCCUAGCAAAGUGUCUGAUGGAUAUGUGUCACCACAAGGCAAAGGUUUGACCCAGGAUAAAUCCUCUCCAUCUACCCCAGACAAACACCAGCCAUGUUAUGCUCAGCACGACCCUUUUGAUUUUUCUUUUGGCACAUCUCUUUCUCCCUCUGUGUCUCAGCAAAAUAGCCCUCAAGUUGCCCAUAAUACACCUCCUGGAACGCCAGCACCAGCAAGCAAGCAUCAGUCCUCAUCCUCCUCAGCUUCUUUAUCUUAUGGCUAUCAAGGUCCUCCUUAUGUUGUGAACUUCAGUGGAGAUCAUUCAGUGACCCUGGGCCUCAGGGAUGGGGCCGAGGGUCUGUCAUACCCAGGUUUAGGUCCAACAAACUAUACCUACCACUGUCUGAUGGAGCCAUCAGGCACCCAAGGGAGGCUGGUCCUUGAGCCCUGUGGACACCAGCUCUCAAACUCAGCAUUUUCAGGGCUCAAGGGACAGGAUGAACACUGCAGGAAGGACUUACAGCAACAGUGCCAGCCUGGCGACCACCCAUCAACACCACACUACGGACCUGUUACAUCCUCCCACUCUAUGGGUGCCACAAAACCCAAAAGAGUGAGGUUAGUGGUGACAGAUGGCACAGUGGACUUAGAUCUCCAGUACUCGGACUAAUUUGUACUCACCGAAGUUGACUGGAUCCUAGGCUACAUUAUAUACAUUGUUUUGCUCAAGGGGGAUUAUAUCUGCCACAGAUGUUUUUGUAAACCUUGUAAUUCAUGGUCUACCAGUUACUGAACCCUUCUGAGUGACUGACAUUUUUCUAAAUCAGUUUUUUGAUGAACUGUUAUAUGAACGACUUAUAGAGGGUUUUAUGAUGGCAAAGUGGGCAAAUCAACAUGUUUUAACUAUAUUUUUAAUGAAAUAUCCAUCAAAAUUUGCUGACAGAACCAAAUUGAAAAUGCAUUAUGAAAACAAAGCAUUAAUCGCGGUGGCUAGGACUUUGAACUUACAAGCCCUAAAUAAUAAAUAUUGAAAGCCCUUUUACUGUACUGUAAGAUAGCUGUAUGAAUUUUUCUACACAAUGUAUGGCAGUAGAAACAGGAGCACCACAUUUGGUUGCUGGUACUUGUAUUGGUUGGUAUUCAAAAGGCAGCUUUGUGCCUCAUUCUUUAAUAUGGUCUUGUGACUUUUUGAAGCACCUGUUGGAACAGUCUACCCUCGUUUUUUAUCCACAGUAAGCUUUUUGCUCACUUUUGUGUGUAAUUCUGUGUGUUUGUGUAUGUGUGCGUGUGUGUGUGCGUGCGUGCGUGUGUGUGUGUGUGCAGGCAGGUCUUGAGGGAUGAACGUAAGGCACUGUGUGUUGUUGUACCUGAUUGUGUGAUUGUUGCCAUGCCAGAUUUAAUUAAGAUCAUAGUCAGUAGUGCAUAAAUGAAAGGCUUGUGCAUGAACAGUGUACUGUAAAAUGACUUCCAGACCUGAAAAAAAAAAUAUUCCAGGACAUCUCCUCUGGGUGAUGGCAUGUGUGACAUGAACUGCAGCUUUUCACAGCUGCUCUGUUGAGCACCUCCAAGGGGGGGUGGGAGGAGAGGGAAGGAGAAUGCUGCAAUACGUUCUUGCAGACCAGUUGUUUUUAAUGGUCUAUUAUUGUGGAUAGUACAAUAUGAGUUCUUUGUAAUGGGGUUUCUGUAAUCAGAAGUUAUCAGAAACCUUUGAAUAACGUAACUUCGAAGAUUAGACUGUGUUACACCUAAGAGAGUGACAAUCUGUCAUUACUUUUUCACGUUUUGUCAUUGAUUUGAUCUCAUUUCAAAGGUUGAAUGACUACAAUACUGAAAGGAAGGUAAGAUAAAUGUGUGUAUCACCCACAUGGUUAACUGCCUCUUAUUUUGUUUGUCGCUGAUGUAGGUUCACAUGGGUUUUCAUAAUGUAAUCAGAGGUAUAUACUGUUUAUUGUGGAAGUCUUGUGAGCAUUCCACUGAUGUUAUAACGUGCGCUGCUCCAUCUGACAACUUGGAGCGAAAGUGUUGGGUGUGACUACACAGCCUUACAUUACUACCAUGAAAUUGUACUGUCUUGAUAUGGAAAGGCCAAUUAUUUAUUUCAAUAUCCUCAUUCUUGAAAUGGUGCUUUAAUGUAAUUUAUAUUUCACAUUGAUUGUUCAAACUAUGAAAUGUUUUUUUUUUUUUUAUUUAAUGGGACAAAAUACUGAAUAUUUACGUUGAGUAUUUAAUUUUGAAAUCUUUUGACAUGCUCUCUAGCUCACAUUUUCAGUUGUUACAGGUGAUAUUUUAUCAGCCUUUUUUUUGAAUUGGCAGUUAGUCUUUCUGAAAGUCUGCUGUAGAAAUGUACAAAUGUAGCCUAUAUCAUUAAAGACUCCUAAUUCUUUUUUUCUA